CCUUUUCCUUUCCCUUUUGUCUGUGGACAAGAGAAGGUGGGUGGAAGGUGGGUGAUCCUUUUUGACCUGUGUUCUGUGUUCCCUUGCAAGCCAUCUUCUUCCUCCUUUAGAGAGAGAGAAGAGAGAGAAUGCCAAGAAACAUGUCACCAACUUCGCCGGUGCUUCCAUGGAAGGUGAGGAUCCUCCUCGCUUGCCUGACUGUUGGAUUGUAUUUAGUACAACGUCGAAACGGUACUGUUAACCGUCCUCUCGUCAAGUUGGCACACCUCAAAAUCCCGGCGAGAAACAAACCCCGGAAAGGUGUCAAAACCAAAGAUAUAACCAUAGACGCCACCAGAAACCUCUGGUUUCGUCUCUUCAUCCCCACCAACAUCCCCUCCAACGUCGUCCUUCCCGUCAUCAUCUUCUUCCACGGCGGAGGUUUCGCCUUCCUCAGCCCUGAUUUCAAGUACUACGACCGUGUCUGUCGUCGCAUUGCCAGCAAUACCCCUGUCGUCAUUGUCUCCGUCAACUACCGUCUAUCGCCGGAGCAUAGGUUUCCGUCACAGUACGACGAUGGCUUCGACACUCUCAAAUUUCUCGACGAAACAAAAAUCGACUAUUUUCCGGCAAAUACAGAUCUUUCCCGGUGCUUUCUGGCUGGUGACAGUGCUGGAGGCAACCUGGCACACCACGUGGCAUGCAGAGCUGGAGAAAUGGAGUUCCGGCGGUUAAGGGUGAUCGGACAGAUUUCGAUACAGCCAUUCUUGGGUGGCGAAGAGAGAACGGAAUCGGAGAUCCGGCUGGAAAAGGGUAUACUGGUGACGCUGAAGCGGACGGAUUGGAUGUGGAAGGCGUUCUUGUCGGAAGGAGAGAAUAGAGACCAUGAAGCAGCGAACGUGACGGGGCCGAGGGCGGUGGAGAUAAGUAAAGUGAAGUAUCCGGAGACGAUGGUGGUGGUGGGAGGGUUUGAUCCGUUGCAGGAUAGGCAGAGAGAGUUCUACGAGUGGCUGAAGAGAUCUGGGAAAGAAGUGAAGCUAUUAGAGUAUCCAAACGUAAUUCAUGCUUUCUAUUUGUUUCGUAAAGUCCCUGAAGCUUCUCAGUUUAUGGAAGAGAUCAAGGAAUUUGUCCAUAACGUUUCUGCAAAGUUCACUAAGUGAUUAACUCCCAUGGUUACCUCUCAAAUCUUACAAAUUUAGAGAUGAGAGAUAGUAAGAAAUAAUGGAUUAAUUGUAAGUUAAGAAAAAAAAACUCAAAUGGAGGGCUCAGAAGAUCAGCUUCUUGAACAAUUCUUGCGGCUAGCAAGAUAAAUUAAAUUGUAUUAAAUUAUGAAUUAUUAGCAGAAAAACUGAUUAUUUUAUCUGUAAUUACCAAAUAUCCUACUGAUUUGUAUUUAGUGAAACUCUUAUAUUAUCAAUAAUGAUGGUUGCGCAUGCUUCAUCUUGGGACCUUCCGUUAUUCUCUUCCCUCUUAGUUUCGAUGUAUCAUCUUUUUCAUAA